UCUCUGGUCCGUGUUGCCCGGUCACCGUUGCCGGGUCUCUGGUCCGUGUUGCCCGGUCACCGUUGCCGGGAUACGCGGCCUGUUUGUCAGCCGGGAAGCCGCCGUCGAUUUCGAUCCUAAUCCCGGUUGUGCCGCAUCCGGACCGGGGGCUAACAGCGAUGGACAAGUCGCAAGAUGAAUCCCACCCGAGCUCCCAGUGCCCCACAACAGAUGAACCUGCCGUUCAACCCCUGGAAGUGGAGGCCACUGAUCCCAGCCAAGGUCGGGAGACCAUCACCCCUCCGACGGACGAAGAGCUUCCGCCCCCCAAGCACAGGCAGCUGCUGCAUGAGAGAUACGUGAAAAGUGUGGCGCUGAACCUACGCUUCGCCAAAGAUGUUGUCAAUUCCAUGCCGCUUUAUGGGCUGCCGCUCAAGGAGAGGAGCGACGGCAACAUCUUUGAUCUCUUCAAGGCCGUCACACCCCCGGGAUCAGUCGCGCCCAGCCAACUAGACCGGAGAUCUCACCGCCCAAGGGUCACCAGGGGAAAGUUCAAGCAAGGCGCAGCGAGUGACAGGAAGGUGCAGGUUUGCUGUGAGUCGCACAGGGGUUCCGGAGGCAAGCUCAAGGCAGCUGUGCCGUCCACCACACCGGCCCCUUUGGUGAGCAGCCGAAGCCUUGCACUGCCCGACCAAGCAGUGGCUCAGGAUCGGGCCUCGCCCCUGAAGGCAGCGGAGAGUCCUCUCGGCUCCCAGAAGCAGCCCGAGCAAUGGGACGAGUACCUGAUGAAGAAGCUGAGCAAGAGGACAGCACAGUGGCUGGUGACCAAGCAGAUGCCCAAGGGGCCAUCGAAAACCAGGUUGGAGGGGCUUCUGCACCAUCACUAUGGCGCUGCCCACGUCUACGCCCUCGUAAAAGACGAGACCAUGACACCAGACGACUUCAGUCGCUACGAACAAGUCAGACCCCAGGAAUCCCAGGCAGCUGUGGUGAGAAAGGUGACCAGAACCCCACUGACUACCUACUACAGGGUUCCGGGACAUGAACUGCACAAGGACAUUGUGCAGGAGCCUGGAGCAGUAAACUGGACAGCAGCCAACCUGACAGUGAAGCACAUGACACCUCCUCCAAAGCCGAAGACCAUGGUGACCUCAAAGCUUGGGAAAUACGUCUAUUACACAGAGAACGUCUUUGAGCAGGAACUUUAUGCUGGGUCAUCAGGAAUUGUUCACCACCACGGCGAGAAAUACAAAGAGCGAAUCAUCUUGGACAACCUGUCAGAGUAUCAGAAGCAACUCCAGGAUCAAUUCCCUCAGCUGCCCGGGAAAUGGUCAGAGUGCAAAGAGAACCAAGAUCAACAGCUCCCACCUCCAGAACCUGCAAAGUUGUUCCGAGGCCUGAGGAGGUGGACAGCCCUGCCCACUAUGGCUGAUUAUACCAUGGAGAAAGGACUGAGACCACCAGACUACGGACUCAUCGACAAACCAAUGAGAAAAUCUUUCAAGAAGCAUGAAAACCUGCAAAUAAUACACAACAUGGUCACGGAGUGGAUUAAAACUUCACGCAUAUAUUCUCAUUGGCAGGACAUCACUGUGGAAGAACUGGAAAGAGACCUGAGAGCAAUACACAGUCAAGUUCAGCUCAAUGCCCUGGCAACGUGUGCCUCAGGAGCACUUGAGCGACCAAAUCUGGAACAAGACACAGAUUCUAUCCGUCUUUACUCAAGACUUGAUGCUGAAAUUAAAGCAGUCCCGGAGAAUCUACAGCCACUCAUCAUUGAAGCUCUCAAUAGUGAGCACCAACGUGUGAGGCUGGGUGCAGCAAUUUGCCACAUCACGAUGGAGAGGAUGAAUGAAACGGUCAAAGAGAUUCUUCAGGAUGCCCUCCUUCAUGGAAGUGAGGUUGACAGCUGGAUUGCAGCACAAAGCCUGGCUCUCCAUGGCGAUGUUAGUUAUCCUGUGGUCCACAGAAUCAUCCAGCAUCUUUUCGACGAGCCUGAUGCGCAGACCAUGAAGCAAGUCUGCCUGAUCCUGGGCCCACUCAGUGAGAGGACAACUCUGGUGCACUUUACGGUGGCCGGCCAGCUGAACAGUCGCAAUUGGAAGAAAAAGGUGCUGGCGUGCAAGGUCCUGUCCUGCCUGCGUGGAUCACUUAACAUAGAUCUGACCCAGAAGAUUGUCAACCUGAUGUGGAACGACUGGAACAGCAAUGUUCGCCAAGCAGCCACACAAUCACUGGGAUCCCUUGGGCUGGGGAAGAAAGUCCACGAUGAGCUACGGAAGAGGCUGGAUAAGGGCGACAGCAGAACACGGAUUGAAGCGUUGUCGUGCAUUGGUCAGCUGGGGGUGAUGACAGGAAAGCUAAUGCCCAGCUUCCUCAACUGCUUCCAGGAUGACUUCAUUGGCGUGCGGAGGGAGGCAUGUCUCACUGCCGGUUUGCUGAAGUUAAAAGAUGAGAAGGUUCUUGGUCACCUGCUGCGCCUGAUGCAGUCUGACCCCAUCUGGAAGGUGAGAGCCCACGCCAUCAAGGCUUUAGGUGCCAUUGGACACGUGACUGCGAAUCUGAGGGACUUGCUGCUUUGGGCACUUCAUUACGAGAACGAGCCUGGGAUCCGAAUGGAAGCCUGCAACACCAUCAUGUCCUUGAAGCUUCAGGAUCCGAAGGUGCAGGCCCUUUUAAGACAGCAGCUCCUGGUGGAGAACGACCCACAGGUGCAGAAAGAUGUGGCACAAGCACUGCAGAGAUUAGGAGACAGCACUGCCGUGGAAGAAGGAAUGCUACACAAAAUAAAAGAACAGGUCUGCACACUGUGUGAGAAAAAUACUGUGAUCUGGAAGCUGUUGCGGCUGGAGAAGUUGAAGACUAACAUCGCCCAGCAGAUGGAGUGGAUCAACCUGAAGACACAGCCGCAGCAUCUGAAAGCUCUGACCGAACAGAUGCAGCAGCUGCACCAAACCCUGACGGCUGCCAGUUUCCAUCGGAUGCAGGGUGAUGUGGAGGACGGGCCGGUAUGCGGGGCUGUGGACCAGCCGGUGGGACGCAGCUCCGGCCCGGCAGGAGGGCAGGCGCAGACCGCCAGGUGUGACAAGCCCCUCAGCGGAGAAGAUCUACGUUAUUCCAGGAUGCUCAGGACAGGCAGCAUGAAGGCCCCGACUCACCAGCAACCUGGGAGAACCACAUUCCCAUCUUGACAUGGCAAGUGAGGUUUCAUCGCUGUACCUGAAAUAAAAGCUGAUACAAGAAA